AUGACUGAAAGCAUUAUCAAAUUCAAUAAGCUCUUCAUUAACAAUGAAUUCAUAAACUCAGUAAGUAACAAAACAUUUGCAACUUACAACCCGGCUACUCUAGAAAAGCUAGCUGAUGUUGCUGAAGCAGAUAAAGAAGAUGUAGACAAUGCUGUUUAUGCUGCGACCAAAGCAUUUGCAAGAGGUUCGCCAUGGAGAACUAUGGAUGCUUCAGCACGUGGGAAACUUAUUUACAAGCUGGCUGACUUAAUUGAAGAUAACUUAAAAACCUUAGCUACCCUUGAAACUAUGGACAACGGAAAACCAUACUCUGAUUCGGUUUUUGAUUUAUCAUGUGCUGUUGAUGUUUUUCGUUAUUAUGCUGGUUGGCCGGAUAAAAUUCAUGGAAAAACUGUUCCUGUUGAUGGUGAGUUUAUGACAUACAUCCGCAGAGAGCCUGUUGGUGUGGUCGGGCAAAUCAUACCAUGGAAUUAUCCUGUUUUGAUGGUAUCGUGGAAGUUAGGCCCUGCUCUCGCUGCUGGCUGUACUGUUAUUUUAAAACCUGCCGAACAGACACCUCUCUCUGCCUUGUUCCUUGCUGAUCUAAUUCGUCAGGCAGGUUUUCCUGCCGGAGUUGUAAACAUACUGCCCGGCUACGGACCAACAGCGGGGGCUGCCAUCGCUAAUCACCCAGCCAUUUCUAAAGUUGCCUUCACGGGCUCGACUGAGGUUGGUCAUAUAAUAAUGAAAGCAGCCGCAUCUUCUAAUCUUAAAAGAAUAUCUCUUGAAUUAGGUGGAAAGAGUCCGCUCGUUGUUUAUCAUGAUGUUGAUAUUGAUGAAGCUGUUGAAAUUGCUCACAAUGCAAUAUUCGCUAAUCAUGGUCAAAACUGCUGUGCUGGUUCUCGAACAUUUGUUCAUGAAAAAAUAUAUGAUCAGUUUGUGAUGAAGGCUGCUGAAAAAGCUAAAGCUAGAGUCGUCGGAGACCCAUUCAAAGAUGGUGUCCAACAAGGACCACAGAUCGAUGAAGAUGCUUUGAACAAAAUUCUCGGUUUAAUUGAAAGUGGAAAAGCAGAAGGUGCUAAAGUCGAAGCUGGGGGCAGCAGACCUACAGAUCUACGAGGGUACUAUGUUUACCCGACUGUUUUUUCUGGAGUUACUGAUGGAAUGAGGAUUGCUAGGGAAGAGAUAUUUGGACCUGUUCAACAAAUAUUAAAAUUUAGUUCAUUGGAUGAAGUCAUUGACCGAGCAAAUAAAACCACGUACGGUCUCGCUGCUGGGAUACUAACGAAAAAUAUUGAUGUUGCAACAAAAUUUGCUCACGCUGUUCAAGCUGGAUCAGUUUGGAUUAAUUGCUACGACGCUGUCGUUCCUCAAACACCUUUUGGUGGAUUCAAGAUGUCUGGUCAAGGCCGUGAGCUGGGAAAGGAUGCUCUCCAUGAAUAUUUGGAAACUAAAACUGUUACAAUGAAGGUUUUAGAAAAAAUGUCCUAA